GGAAGGGAACAGGAGACACAACAAACAUGGCGGCGGUGACGAAGACGGCGGAGGCGACGGCGACAGCGACAGCAGCGACGUUGAACAAGGCGGUAGGGGUUACUCGGUGCGGCUGUCAGGAGACCUCUGUAUGGCUUUUCAAUUUUAGUUGAAAUUCCCUCCAUGGCCUUUUGGAGUCCUUUGGUGUAUCUCCAGAGUAAAUUUCGAUUACUCUACAUUUCAUCCAUGUUGGAGUGGCAAGAAAAAGGAGGAACUGAUUUGGGGUGAAAAGGUAUAACGAACUGUAAACUAAAAAAAAAAAAAAAAUCAAAAACAAAGAUGGGUGAAAAGAAACCAGAGCCUUUGGACUUCGUGAAAGAUUUCCAGGAAUACCUGACUCAGCAGACCCAUCAUGUCAACAUGAUUUCUGGAUCAGUUAGUGGGGACAAGGAAGCAGAGGCUCUUCAGGGAGCUGGAACAGAUGGUGAUCAAAAUGGACUUGAUCACCCAUCUGUUGAAGUUUCCCUGGAUGAAAACUCAGGAAUGUUAGUAGACGGGUUUGAAAGGACCUUUGAUGGGAAGCUCAAGUGUCGGUACUGCAACUAUGCCAGCAAAGGCACCGCACGGCUCAUUGAACACAUUAGAAUCCACACAGGUGAGAAACCUCAUAGAUGUCACUUAUGUCCAUUUGCAUCUGCUUAUGAGCGUCAUCUGGAAGCCCAUAUGCGUUCCCAUACAGGAGAAAAACCAUAUAAAUGUGAAUUGUGUUCCUUCCGCUGCAGUGAUCGAAGUAACCUGUCCCAUCAUCGAAGGCGCAAGCAUAAAAUGGUACCAAUGAAAGGUACUAGGUCUUCCUUAAGCAGCAAGAAAAUGUGGGGGGUUUUACAGAAGAAAACAAGCAAUCUGGGCUAUAGCAGACGAGCACUAAUCAACUUAAGCCCACCUUCCAUGGUGGUUCAGAAGCCAGACUACCUUAAUGACUUUACCCAUGAGAUCCCGAAUAUCCAGCCUGACUCCUAUGAAAGUAUGGCAAAAACCACACCAGCUGGUGGCCUGCCAAGGGACCCCCAAGAACUCAUGGUUGACAACCCUUUAAACCAGCUGUCAACUCUAGCAGGACAGUUGUCCAGUUUGCCGCCUGAAAACCAAAACCCCGCAUCCCCUGAUGUGGUUCCCUGCCCUGAUGAGAAGCCUUUCAUGAUGCAGCAGCCCUCUGCUCAAGCAGUAGUUUCUGCCGUGUCAGCCAGUAUUCCUCAGAGCUCCUCUCCCACUAGCCCUGAAGCUCGGCCAUCACAUAGUCAGAGGAACUAUAGUCCGGUGGCAGGUCCGAGCAGCGAACCAAGUGCUCACACGAGUACUCCCAGCAUGGGGAACAGUCAGCCAAGCACUCCAGCUCCGACCCUGCCGGUCCAGGACCCUCAGCUUCUACACCACUGCCAGCACUGUGACAUGUACUUUGCCGACAAUAUCCUUUACACUAUUCAUAUGGGAUGUCAUGGGUAUGAAAAUCCUUUUCAGUGUAACAUAUGUGGAUGCAAAUGUAAAAACAAGUAUGAUUUUGCCUGUCAUUUUGCAAGAGGGCAACAUAACCAACACUGAUGGAAAACAAUCACGUUAUGCUUUACUUGGUUUGCCUUUUUGUGUUUUGUAGUUUACUGUUGUUUUCUGCAGGGGAGGGGUGGGGGUGUCGUCCCUAUUAAGGUGUUUGCUAAUUUAAAGUCUAUACAUACAGAGUAUAAAUUUGACAGUGGAAACAAAAUUUCUUUUUUCUUUUUUUUUUUUCCCCAUAAAAACCUUGUCAGGGUCAUUUAUGUAUUAGAACAGUUGGACACGUUGGUGUCUGUUUUUUCCUUUCAUUUAGACAUUUGAGUGCAAUGAUAAUCUUGCAAGUGGUCAUUUAAAUUUCUCACAUUUAUGAUCCAUAAAAACUUCAAGGCUGAUAGAUACCCUUGG